AUGUCCCGGCCCGAAACGGCUCGCCCGUUGGAGAUCGCCCAUGCUGAGACAUUGAAUCAGCUUGUGGCUUCGCAAAACUCCGAGAAGCCAGACUCACCCGAGGAGCCUGCAGCCGAGCUCCAGCAUGAGAUCGAGCACGGGGAGAGGAAGGAGCUGCGUCGCGGUACCUCUCUCGAGAGCUCUAGUGUGCACAGCGUAGAGCUCUCUACCCCUGCUGAGGAGAUUGUCCCCGUUUACGAAGCGCACAUCCCCGCCACUAUCCAAGAGGAGGUCAAGCAGACCCACUACUCGAGUGUCUCGCCUGCGUUUGCGCAAGCUCUUCCCUCCUUCGAUCCCGUGUCGCCUCUCAAGAUGAACGCGCUGCUCGAACCCGAACCGGUCGCUUUCAUACAGCCGCUCGCACAGCCUCAGCCCAUCGCCACUCAGCCGCUUGUCGACGACAGCCACCUCGAGUCCAGCACCGAGAGGGUCAAGAACGUCGACGACGAGGAGGAGGGAGAGGCGCGCAGACUGAAGCGCGAGUCCACGUUCGAGGACCUGGCUCAGCACUAUGUUUCUGCCCCCGAGCCUGAUGCCCAGCAUAUCGAGACGACCAGCGAGGUCUCGGCCAGCUUCCCGCCCCACACGGUGCAGGAGCACGAGUGCAUGGCCGCUGAAGAGGCGUACGAUCUCGAGACAACAUUCGCCGGUAGUCCCGCCAUCGAUGCGCGCGCCAGUCCCGUCUUCCCCUCUCGCUCGACAGUCGCGUCUCCACUUCCCGUUCCCGAAGAGAUCCCCGAACUUGCUGAGGCCGAGACUCCGGCCAUUGGGGCGGAGAGCAUCGAGGAUGACUUCGUGCAUGAACUCGACGAGGAGCUCGAGAUCGCCAAGCUGCAAGACGAAGAGGAACCACGUCUCGAGCGCAUGGUGUCGCCAGCGACCAUUGAGACGAUCGAGGAGCUCCCUUCGCCCGAGUUUGACAUGGACGAGUUUGCGACUCCGGCAGGGAUCGACUACAGCGCCUCUCCUGCUGAAGAGGAGGAGACCGAGUACGCCACGCCUACCGAGGUGAUUGAGACUGUGCUCACGCGCUCGGUCGGAGGCGCUGAGGAGUACGGCGAUGUCGAGGCUGUCUCCGAUCCUGUUGAGACUGCCGGCGAGACGCCCGAUCAGGCCGAGCUUGAGGAGCCGGAAGACACCGGGUCGCUGUUUGAAGGCACUUCGGCGCUCGAGGCUGCCGCUGUGGCCAGUGUUGCUGUUGCUGCUCCCAUCGCUGCUUUUGCGGCCGUGUCACCUGCUCCUGCCCCUCACGCUCCCGAGUAUGAGUCUACCGCGGAGGCUGAACCAAUCGAGGUGGACGAGCCCGAGCCUGUGGUUCAGUCCUCCCCCGCCAUCUCGAAGAAUGCUCAGCUUCUCAAGGCCGCCAUCGAAGUUCCCCGCGAGGUGGUCCAGUCCUCUCCCGCGAUCGAGCGCAACACCCAGCUCCUUAAGUCGGCCAUCAACAUUCCCCGUAUUGUGCCCCAGUCCGGCCCCGGCAUCACCAAGAAUACGCAGCUGCUCAAGAACGCUAUCAACGUACCUCGGCAAGUCGUGCAGUUCUCGCCUGCGAUUGCGCUGCUCGACGAGCUCCUGCGCAAGCAGAUCUGUGUGCCGCGCGAGGUUACCCAGUGCUCGGCCGCGAUUGACUGGAACACCCAGCUGAUCAUGGAGAAGAUUGCCGUUCCGCGGGAGGUGCCCCAGUCUGGAGCUGGGAUUGAGAAGAACACCCAACUUCUGAAGGACGCUAUCAACGUCCCCAGGGAGGUGCCCCAGACCGGCGUCGGAAUCGAGAAGAACGAUCGUCUACUGCACGAGGCGAUCGAGGUUCCGCGCGAUGUUCCGCAGACCGGUACUGGUAUUGAGAGGAACACCGCUCUCCUCAAGAAUGCCAUCGCUGUCCCCCGCGACGUCCCCCAGUCCGGUCCCGGCAUUGAGCGCAACGAGGCGCUGCUGAAACAUGCCCUCCACGACAUUCCGGCGGAAGAGAGGUGGAACUACCAUCCCGUGGAGCAGGACAGUCCGGCAAUCCGGAAGAACACGGCCCUGCUGAAGAGCGCUAUCAACGUUCCGCGCCAGGUCGUCCAGUUCUCCCCCGCGAUUCAGCUCCUCGACCAGCUCCUCAAGGCGCAGAUCUGCGUUCCCCGCGAAGUACCCCAGAGUGGACCCGGGAUCGAGAAGAACGAGGCGCUGCUGAAGCACGCUAUCCUGGACGUGCCGAUGGAGGAGAGGUGGGACUACCACCCUGUUGAGCAGGAGGGACCGGGCAUUGCGACCAACGUCGCGCUGCUGAAGCAGGCUAUCGAGGUCCCCCGCCAGGUAUCUCAGAGCGGGAAGGGUAUCGACACCAACAUUGCACUGCUCAAGCAGGCCAUUGAGGUCCCGCGCGAGGUGGUUCAGUCCUCGCCUGGCAUUGACAAGAACACUGCUCUCCUGCGAGAGGCUAUCGCAGUCCCGCGCGAGGUCGUCCAGUCCUCGCCUGGCAUCAGCAAGAACAUGCAGCUCCUUCAGGAUGCGAUCAACGUUCCCCGGGAGGUCAUCCAGGCCAGCCCCGCGAUCGAGACCAACACGGCUCUCCUCAAGCAGGCCAUUGAGGUUCCUCGCGAGGUUCCGCAGACCGGUCUCGGCAUCGAGCUGAACGAGAAGCUCCUCCGGGAAGCCAUCCUUGCACCUUCUGAGAAGGAGGCCGAAGAUGCCCACUCUGAGGCCUCAACUCCUGCCGAUGAGAUCGUCACCCCUCCCACCGAAGACUCAGCCGCCAUCGAGCUUAACGAAAGUCUCCUCCGGGAUGCAAUCUGCAAGCCUGCGCCGGCUGCCUCGCACUCUCGCUCGGUGUCUGCUGCUUCGUCAGUCAAGUCUCGCGCUUCGUCAAUGGCGUCAGUCCACUCCCGCUCUGCCUCGCAGCCCAACACCCCGCCAUCGCCCGUCAAGUCGCUCAUCGAGCAGUUUGAGGCUGCCGAGGUCGACGCUCUGCCCCUUGUCGCUGCUGAGCCGCCGUACUCGCCUCCCAUCGAGCGUGUUCGCACUCUCAGCUUCGAGAAGCCUGCUUCCGAGGCGGACGACGAGGCCUCUGUCGAUGGUGCGGAGGACAAAGAGUCCGUCCGGGACGACGCCGACGUUGCUGUCCCUGGUGCCUCCACCGAUCGUCCCUCCACCGCUGCCUCCACCUCCACCUCCGUUGUUUCCAGCGACCUCGACGCAUCGAACGCUGUCCCUUGUGAUGGUGGUUCUCAGGGCGGAGAAGAACCUGAAGCCACGGGUGCGAAGGAGGAGAGACCUGAAGAUUCGGAAGAGGGCGGUUUAACGGAAGCACUCGCUCAGUCCUCGUGUGAGCCCGGUGAGCCCGGUGAGCCCGGUCAUGCUCUCGCCCCUGCGACGCCCGCUGUGCCCGCCACAAACGAGCACGAGCCACCCGCUGAGACAUCUUCCUUCGCGCAACUUGACUCCUCACACUCGUCCUCUGUCAUCGAGACUCCUGUCCCCGAUACCGACACCGACAAGCACGCCCACGAGCAUACCGACGAGCUCACUGCGCCUGCUGAGAAGCACAACCUCGACGACAACCUCGUCCACCCCGGAGUUUCCUUUGCCGCCGUCGCCUCGCAACCUCCCUCCACCGACCCUUCCUCGCACCCGCCGUCAACAACAAGCGACAUGGCCGCGUCCCCCGUUGUGACCGCGACCGCGACCACGCCCCGCGCCGACGUCGUCGUCGAGGUGAACCCAGCCCCCGCCGCUUCUGCGCCUGCGCCUGUUCCCGUCGUCGCUACCCCCGUCCCCAUUGUUCACGCCACGACCGCUCCUGUCGAACACUGUCACGUCGACCACACUCGUGACGCUCUCUCGGCCAAGGCUGAGCGUAUCCGCGCCGAGCGUGCCCGGGAAGCCGACGAGCUGUGGCCGCACGAGCGUCCCCCGCUGCGUUACGCUUCGCCCGGCCCCGCUCCCGCCGCGGCUGCUGCCACCAUCGUCCUCCCCAGCAUCACGGUGCAGGCGCCGACGCCGGCGCAGUCGCUGCACCACGCCCCCGUCAAGGUUCUGACUAAGAAUCAGAAGAAGAAAGCGCGCCAGAAGGCCAAACGUCAGGCUGCGCGCGCCGCUACCACCGACUCGGACACUUCGUCGGUCGUUUCGAGCCACCACUCGCACCACGCCAAGAGCAAGAAGAAGGGCGUCGAGGUUGAGGCCGAGGGCGUUAAGAUCACAGUGAACGCCGACAAGGAGGCCAAGGAGAAGCGCGAGCGCGAGGAGCGCGAAGCCAUGGAGAAGAAGGAGAAGGAGGAGCGCGAGGCCCGCGAGAAGAAGGAAAAGGAGGAGCGCGAGGCUCGUGAGAAGAAGGAGAAAGAGGAGCGCGAGGCAAGGGAGAAGAAGGAGAAGGAGGAACGUGAAGCCAAGGAGAAGAAGGAGAAGGAGGAGAGAGAGGCUAAGGAGAAGAAGGAGCGCGAGGAGCGUGAAGCUCGCGAGAAGAAGGAGCGUGAAGAGCGUGAGGCCAAGGAGAAGAAGGAGCGUGAAGAGCGCGAGGCCCGUGAGAAGAAGGAGCGCGAGCUCGCCGCCGCCGAAGCCAAGCUCGCCGCUGAGCGUGCCGCCGCCGAAGCUGCCGCCCUCAAGGCCGCCGAGGAGGCGAAGGCUGCGGCGGAGAAGGCGGAGCGCGAGGCGCGCGAAGCCAAGGAGGCCGAGGAGAAGGCCGCUGCCGAGAAGGCUGCCGCCGAAGCCGCCGCUGAGAAGGAGCGCAAGGAGAAGGAGCGCGAGGAGCGCCGUCGACUCCGCGCCGAGCGCGAGGACCUGCUUCGUCAAGAGCUCGAGAUCCGGAAGCGCGAGCUCGAGCGUGCUCAGUACGCCGAGCAGCUCAUGGCGCAGCAGGCCGCCCACGCCGGACCAUGGCGCCCGCCGAUGCCCUACGGUGUUCCGCCGCCCGGUCUUGGCUUCGCCGGCCUCAACCUCGGUUUACCGCCAUAUGCUGCGCGCUUCCCGGCUCCGCAUCCGAUGAUGGGCCCGCUGGGACCGAUUUUCCACCACCCUCCGGGAGGGUUCAUGCCGCCGCCGCCGGGACCUGGUCCUCGGAGGUUCUAA